CAACAAAAUACGGAAGCAGCAAGAGUCAGCUGACACAACUCGCCUGCAGCUGCAUUGUGUUAUCAGUUUCUGCCAGUAAUUACCAGCGUUCGUUAUGGAGGACCAGGAGAUGCAGCUGAAAGUUAGACGAGUGAGUGACAAAUUCACGGAGAGCAUGUACGUCCUGGCUAACGAGCCGUCAGUGGCUCUCUACAGACUGCAGGAACACGUCAGGAGGUCCCUGCCUGAGCUGGUGCAGCACAAGACAGACAUGCAGAGCUGGGAGGAGCAGAGUCAAGGAGCCAUCUACAGUGUAGAGUAUGCAUGCAGCGCCGUGAAGAGCAUGACAAACAGCAGCAUGUAUUUCAAAAACAUUGACAGCCUCCUCCGUCAAGCCAUCAGCAUGAAGGAACAGAUUAGCAGCUCUCAAGGGCGCAGUGAUGAUAUGAACCCUUCUCCCAGUCCCCUUGUCUCUGCUCCACAUGCCCAAUCCUCUUCCUCAUGACCUCCGGACAGAGGUGUCCAAGGAAAAGGACUACAGACUCAGGCAUUUUAAAGGAAGGGGGAGAAAAGCACAGCUCUGCGAUGUGACUUCCUGAGUUGGUGGUGUUCCAUCUACCGUCCCUCGCUCUACUACCUCUUGAUUGAGGCCUGAAGUGGGGUCAUAAGUGCGACACCUCCUCAUCACAAUGAAGUGACUGCCUCCAGUGACACCCCCACCCCCACCCCCCAGUACAAGCCGCUCACUGGAACAGAGGACCACAGCGCUACCAGGUUCAGCAUUAAAAACACUUAAGUCAUGGACGCUGCUCAAAGAAUGCAUUGUUCUCUUGGACUCGCUGGACGGACCCGAGAGAAAGCAGCCAUGCUGGUUUCGUCUGUGCUGUUGAAAAUCAACUGCACUGCCAGUGUUUUGGACACUUGUUUUUAGUUUGUUGUUAAAGGCUAAAACAUCUUGCAUUCAAAUUACAAAAGCUUAACACAUGCACAAUGAAAAUGUACAAAUGUGCGCUAGAAAGCAACAACAGGGGCCCAGUUCUAACCUGCAUUUCAACAUUAACUAUAAGUAGGUACAUGCCAGAAUGAGCAUCAUGUUGUCCAGAAUCUUAAAAAAACAAACAUCUUUUGCUUUUACCUGCCAAAUAGACAGAAACCCCCAGGCAGAACAGUCCUAUAGCCACAUGUCGUACAGCUCUGCUAUCCAAAAGGAACCAGUCUUCUCUGUGGAAACAAAUGUCAUUUGUUCAGUGUUGUGCCUUAGACAUGCUUACACUUAAACACUUCUACUUUUCUCAUCAGUGCAUAAAUGAAGCAUGCAACAUAAUUACUGUGUUUACACAUUACUUUUGUUUCAGUUCAUUGUGACUUUUUUUGCAAUACAAUAAACUUUUCUUGGUUUCCUUUUGA